UUGCGAGACCUAAAUCAGCACUAGCCAUUUUGUCUCCCGCCGCCAUCGCCGCGCCGCUCACCUUGACGCGAGAUGGCGAUGUCGUGCUCUUCCUCCAUGCGCCUCCGAUUGAAUCUAGUGCCCUCCGGCCGCCGACGGGAGGAUCCCGGUAACGUCCACUUUGUCCGGCGGGCUGGAGUGGUUGCUUCUCCUCUCCGGCUCCGUGCCGCCCGUGCCAUGGAGGAUGAUGCACGGCACCCGUUCGACCACGUGCCGCGCGGCGUUGAGGAGGUGGUUGGUGACCAGGAGGAAGACGAGGAGAAGCGGCGGCGGCGACUCACGAUCGCCGUCGUGGGGUUUGGGAACUACGGGCAGUUCCUGACAAGGACGCUGGUGCGGCAGGGGCACACCGUCCUGGCGCACUCGCGCUCCGACUACUCCGCCGUCGCGGCCGAGUUCGGCGCGUCGUUCUUCGCCGACCCGCACGACCUCUGCGAGUGCCACCCGGAUGUCGUGCUCCUCGUCACCUCCAUCCUCUCCGCGGAGGCCGUCCUCCUCUCGCUCCCCGUCCACCGCCUCCGCCGCGACACACUCUUCGCCGACGUGCUCUCCGUCAAGGAGUUCCCGAGGAACCUCCUCCUCGGCACGCUCCCGGAGGAGUUCGACAUCAUCUGCACCCACCCCAUGUUCGGGCCGGAGUCCGCGCGGGACGGAUGGGGCGGCCUCCCCUUCGUGUUCGACAAGGUCCGCGUCGGCGACUGCCCCGCCCGCCGCGCCCGCGCCGAGGCCUUCCUCGACAUCUUCGCGCGCGAGGGGUGCCGCAUGGUGGAGAUGAGCUGCGCCGAGCACGACGCGCACGCCGCCGAGACGCAGUUCCUCACCCACACCGUCGGCCGGACACUCGCCAUGCUGGAGCUCCAGCCAACCCCGAUCAACACCAAGGGCUACGAGACCCUCCUCCGGCUCAUCGACAACACCUGCAGCGACAGCUUCGACCUCUACAAUGGCCUCUUCAUGUACAACAACAACUCGACGGAGCUGCUCAACCGCCUCGAAUGGGCCAUGGAUUCCGUCAAGAAGAAGCUCUUCGACGGCCUCCACGACGUGCUCCGGAGGCAGCUCUUCGAGGCCCCGUUGGACUCCGCCACCGCCGCGGCCGCGCCGCCGAUCGAUGACGCACCGAUCGAUGGCGAUCUAGACGGUGACAACGACAAGGAAUCGGAAUAAAUUUGCUGAUCGUGGCGUUGCGCUAA